AGUGGAGCUGCCACAAGUGGGGGAGAGAAUGACGGAGAUGAACUUGACCAAGACUGGAAGCCUCCGGACCCAGAGCUCAUCCAGAAACUUGUUGUACAGAUUGAGUACUACCUCUCUGACGAGAACCUGGAGAAAGAUGCUUUUCUGCUGAAACAUGUCAGAAGAAACAAAAUGGGAUUUGUCAGUGUUAAAUUGCUUACCUCAUUCAAAAAGGUUAAACAUCUCACUCGAGAUUGGCGGACAACUGCAUAUGCUCUAAGAUAUUCAGACAUACUUGAACUAAAUGAAGAUAAUCGGAAAGUCAGGCGAAAAACUCCUGUCCCUGUUUUUCCUAGUGAAAACCUUCCCAGCAAGAUGCUUUUGGUUUAUGACCUCCACUGUAUCCCAGAACUGCAGUGUUUGAAUAAGGAGCAAGAAAAUGGGGGUAUGCAAGAGAAGAUAAUGGGAACAGCUCUUGAAGAGCUUCGGAGCUUUUGGUAGCAUCUCCUCUAUACGUAUCUUGAAACCUGGCAGAGAUCUUCCAUCAGAUGUCAAAAGAUUCAGCAGCCGUUAUGCUCAGGUUGGAACCAUGGAUUGUGCAAUUGUGGAAUUUGAAGAGGUUGAAGCUGCAAUUAAGGCACAUGAAACCUUAAAUGCUGAAAGUGAAACCGAAGAAAGCAUAAAAGUGGUUUUAAUAGGCAUGAAGCCACCGAAGAAAAAGAUUCAGAAAGACCGGAGCAAGGAUGACGACACAAAGAAUCUGCGCAAAAAUAAGUCUCUUAAUAAAAGAGUUGAGGAGCUUCAGUAUAUUGGGGAUGAGUCCACAGCAUAUAGUUCAUCUGAGCCCGAUAGUAAUCCAAACUCCCCAAUGAUAGGCCGAAAAAUUCAGUCUACUAAUAAGCUGAGCCCAUCUGCUUAUCCAAAUAACCACCUGAGUCCAAAUGCCUCACCAAGAAAUAGCCCCUGGAGUAGCCCUUGCGGGCAACGUAAAGGGGUCAAGCAUUCUCCCCUGGCUGACAGCAUGAGCCCAGAGACUUCCCGAAGAUCUACAGAGUAUUCUUCAGACAGCAGCAUCACUCCUUCCAGCAGUCCUUGGGUCCAGCGGAGAAGACAAGCUCAGACGGUCACACAGGAAAAAAGCCCAGCAUGUAGUCCAAUGCUGGGAAGGAAAAUACAAAAUGCAGAUGGACUUCCCCCUGGAGUCCUGAGACUUCCAAGAGGUCCUGAUGGUACAAAAGGAUUCCAUAAUGGGAUCGAAAGGAACAAGCUUUUGCAGAGUUCAUGA